AUUGCGUUGUGCUUUAGGGUUUACAAAAAUGCAUAUAAUACUAAUAGAUAAUGUCCUGGCAGAAAAUCAACAGUACAUUUUCCAUGUAUUUUUUUUUACAGUGUAAGAAGUGUUUCUGAUUCCAGAAAGGUCCAGAAACUUCUGUUAAACUGUCAUUGUCUCAUAAAGACCCUCCCAUUUGACAAGCUAUAAAAUGAGCGCUGAAACAGACACAUUAUUUCAUUCACCUCCUGAUCAAAGAUGGAUCUGCAAAUCUCAGUUUUUCUUCUGUUCAUUCUUUUCACUGCAGGGCACUCUCUCAUAUGUUAUGAGUGUGUGGAUCUGAUGGGUUCCUGUGCAAAUCAAAAUGCGACAACAUGUCCCAUUGGAUCUACCAGUUGCAUGAGUAUAACAACCGUGACAGAAGUUGGUCCCAUUAAGCUGACCAGUACAACUAAACUGUGUACACCUUUAUGUGAACCUGGGACCCAACAGCUCCCGACUGGGUCAAUAACUACCCAGUGCUGUAACACUGACCUCUGCAAUGCUGCAGAUGGCAUGUAUAAGGGAAGCUUCCUCCUGCUGUUGUCUCCGCUGCUCUUCUACUUCCUGUUUCAGUGAAUACACUUCAGCGAAAAACUGAAUGUCACACACGUUUCUAGUCAUACUUUACUGAAUGAAGUGUGCAAGUUGUUCUGCUGUACUUUGGUAUCAUAAUUUGGGGAACAGAAAAUCUGUAUUUUACUAAACAUAUUAAACAAAUAGUGCAUCAACACUGUAACAGGCAAAUAAUUAUUAAAAAUUACUAAGUUAAUAUGUGUUUACAAUAUCUGCAGUAAUUUUGUAGCGUGCUCAGUCAAGACUAUAUAUUUCCCUUAUAUUUUCUCUUCCUCUUUCUUUUCAUAUAUACUCAAAUAUGUAUUUGCCUAUAAAAAUAAAAUGAAUAAUAGAAGGCAAUAAAGAAUUAAACAGAGUGCUAAACUUCUGCAAUAAAAGAUUUACGUAUAUUAAA